CUGUGAACCAAGCUUCCCAAGACCCUGUCGCCGACCUCGUCACCUUCCUGGAACUAAGCUCGCUCACCGAAUUCAUCCAAACCUGCGACAGUUGCAGACUCCCGCCCGAAUACCUGAUUUCUGCAACUGCGAUUUCCAUGUCGAUGCAAGCCUAACGCUGCAAUUGUCCCGCCGUCCCCCGUUUCCGCGCGGCCGUGGCCAUGCAGCCGGCUCCGAGAACGCGGCGCACGCCGCAGAACACACAGCACACGUCCGUUACACGCCAUACUGCCCUGCCCUUCGUCUCGGUUUGCCUCAAAUUAACUCUUGCCGGCACAGAUACUCCCUCGGCCGCCGGAUACACGAUGUAAAGACGUACCCAGUUCAGUCGCCCCAGGGAGCUACAAUCCUUCUUUACGGUCACGAAACCGGCAUUACCGUUGUCUGGCGCGGCGGCCGCCGGCUCAAGGCUCCCAAACAACCAAACAGCGACAAACGGAAUGGCGCGAACUCGGAAGAUGCAGUCAUGAUUAUCGACUCGGACGAUGAGGCGGCCGCCUCCGCCGCGGCCUUCGUGGACAAGCCUGAGUUCGAGGACAACCCGACCGCCGGCGCCGCCCCCCUCCCCGAAAUCGUCCAGACCCUCGAUCUCGCCCUAGGUACUGCUGCUCUGCACGUGGCUGUCCUACCGAUGCCGUCGUGCGCCUCUGAAGAUGCUGCUUGGAAUGGAGCUUCCCUGCUCAGGAACAAGAUCGUCUUCGCCGUGGCCUGCGCGACUGCCGACGUCUACGUGGUUACGCUGCCGCUGACGUCACCUUCACACGAGAGCAAGGCGAGGCCGGAGCUGCGCCAAAGCCUGCUGGCCGGUAACGCGGGAACAGGCGUGUGGGGAGAAACCCUGACGCUUUUGGCGGGACAAAGCCGUCCAUGCGGAGGCCUCUCCAUCACGUUGGUCAAGCAGAAGCCCGGGUCUCGGAGCCGGUCGCUGGAGCGCACUGCAGCCCAAACUGCUCCGGUAACUCGCGCUAUCGUCGCAGCGCACUCGCGGGAGGCCAGUGGCACGCUGCGUCUUUGGGAUGUGGCCCUAGAUGCGAAACCUGGGACCACCAACCGCGUUGAUCCGUUCCAAACCGAAUACUUGCCGGCGCCCUUGACCAGCAUCGCCUUCAACCCCUCCCAUAUUACCCAGCUUCUCACCGUCACCUCGACGCAUGCCGUCCGCAUUUACGACUAUUCCAUCGCAGCACUUCCCUCAGACGACGCAUCAGAAGGCCCCUUUCCGACGCAGGGUUCCUGGCUGUUGUCGCUUUACCCGCCGUUCAGCCGCGGGCCAUCUAUGUCGACCGCCCGGAAACCGAUCGUGGCUGCCGAGUGGAUUUCUCACGGCCGUGCCAUUCUGACGCUCCUGGCUGAUGGUCAGUGGGGCAUCUGGGAUAUUGAUGGUGCCAGCCCGGCAUCAAGCGGGUCAGGCAGCCUCUUCAGUAAGGCCAGCACCGGUCUCCGCGGCUCGGCGAUUACCUCGUUCUGCGUGACUGGCCAUCUCGAAGGGACCAGCCCACUGCGGAACCCGGCGAGUCAGAAAUCGCCUUCAGCGCCCGGGUUGGGAGGAGAGUUCGUCCCCAUGACGCCGCACACACGGCGCGAUGCUAUCGCCUCGGUCGUCACCGGCGGACCGGAGAAGCUGGCGUCCGUCCGUGGCGGUAUCACUGUCGCUCGGCUCCCAUCCCACGGAGCUGGCACUGGGGAGGAGAGCGCCGUCUUGUGGUUGGGCGGUGCGGAUCCCAUCGUCUCUGUUAUUCCCGUGAUAUCCCGAUUCUGGGACUCCCAGCUUCGGCGCGCCGUAGGUGGGGGCGUCAAUCUCUGGAGCGGCGCCCAGCCGACCCGGAUGAUCCGCCUGACCGACCUCGGGGCCGGGCUCCUCGGCGAGCGGUGCACGGGUGCGGCCGCCGUUCCGAAACCGUCCCGCAGCAAUCCGGCUGCCAACGGCUCAUCAACAACGAAAGAGAACGGUGCUAACCCCAACGAGGGCCUGCCGAUCGAGAUCGUUCUCCAGGCCGAGAGCCGCCUCGUGAUUAUGCACGAGACCGAGGAUGCAAGCUCGCUCACCACCCGUCUGCUCGGUGCCCGCAAGAAACCACGUACCGAGCUCGGGCCAACCAAGGCUAUCCUGGCUUACCCGCGUCCGGAACAGUCGGGCUCCUUCAAUCUCAGCAUCGCCCCGCGCCCUGGAAGAUCAGCAGGCGGCCUUUUCCGGCCCUACGCCAGGCCGCCCGUCAAGGGUCUGUUCGACCAGCCCGCGGACGUGCUCCCGUCAACUGAGAUUCCCGACGAGGCCCAGUCCCAGUCUGCGCCGUCCAGCCAGCAGGGCCUCAUGUUCAUCAACGACCUCAAUUUUGCCGCCGACCGGCCGGACGACGAGUUCGAGGUCGAGGGCCGCGACAUCGAGCAGGAGCUGAUGGACAUCAUGGAGAUUGACCGCGAGCUGGAGCAGCUGGAGCGCAAGCGCGAGACAAGCACGAAGCGGGUCUUCUUUGAGGAGGGCUAGAUUUCCGCCUCGGGGACCAACGAUGAUGGGGAGGAUCACAAAGCAGUCGGUGGGCCCGCGGUGUCCCCGCCCGGGCGGAAGCGGCCUGGCGGACUGCUGCGAGAGGCGGUGGAGCGC